AUGAAAAUUAAUCUGCUCGGUUUUUUAAUGUGUUUGCUCAUUAUAACUCUGCCUAUUAAAUCUAAUGAUUUAGAUGAAGAGGUUGAUCGUCUUAUUGCUGAAGGUUUAUUAAUUGAGGCAAAACCGCAAUUGAUGAUCAAAGAUAUUAAAAAUUUAUCAACAUUGGACAACUGGCAACAAAUAAUCAAGUGCUUGAUUGAGCGAGGAUUAGAUGUUAAUGAACGAUAUUAUUUUGCUCCAGAUCA